GCUUACACGCAGCACUUUCCCGCAGGACGCACCAGAUUUGACAGCUUUCUAGCGCGUGUGCGCACGGGUUUAGCUUUCUCUAUUUCCGUGGCUCUCGUUCUGAUCUGUCGCAAAAAUGACCAAGAAAAGGCGUAACGGAGGACGCUGCAAGCACAACCGUGGCCAUGUCAAGGCCGUGCGUUGCACCAACUGCGCUCGCUGCGUCCCGAAGGACAAGGCCAUCAAGAAGUUCGUGAUCCGUAACAUCGUCGAGGCCGCGGCCGUUCGUGAUAUCUCGGAUGCUUCGUGCUACAGCGCCUACGUGCUGCCCAAGCUGUACGCCAAACUGCACUACUGCGUGUCGUGCGCCAUCCACUCCAAGGUGGUGCGUAACAGAUCGAAGGAAGCCCGCCGAAUCCGUACGCCACCGCAGCGAGCCUUCCCCAAGGACAUGAACCGCAACCAGAACCAGCAGCGCAAGUAAGCGGCCUGGCGCGGUGUUUAUCUCGGUACCGUAGGGGAAAGUUUCGAGGCGGCCGGCGGAUCCCCACUUCCCGGUGGGGAGCAGGGAAUUUAACGCCGCCGCUGCCGGAGAACUACCCGAGGUACCAGGGUGUUGUAUUUGAUUAAGUUCGCUUGAGAGUGUGGAGACAAGAAAAUGCAAAAAACUUGAAAAAAUAAGAUAAAUAUCUUUACAAAACGUGA